AAUAAGUCAGUGAAACAAAUAAACGUUUUUAGUGUUAUUCGAAUGAUGUGCAAAGUUUUUUUAUAAGAAAAAAAUGAAAUAAAUAUGGAACAUUAAAGUCCUGUGACACGUGAUAUUUUUAUCUUUUAAAAAGUGACGAAAAUUGAAAAGAAACACAAUGCGGCUAUUAAUAUACCUAUGUAUUGUUCUAAACGUAACAGGAGCGUCAUUAGAAAGAUAUAACGUUUUUGAUUUCUGGACAAACUUAUUCCGACCACUUCCACGCAAUGAAAAAGAAGGAUUUGUACCUGACUACACUCCUAAGGACGGUCAAGAAUAUGAUUUUAUUGUGGUAGGAGCCGGAUCAGCUGGAUCCGUUUUAGCAAAUCGUUUAUCAGAAGUGUCACAAUGGAAGGUGCUACUCCUAGAAGCCGGCGGCAAUGAAAAUUACUUUUCAGACAUUCCUAUAUUUGCUCCUUUUCUAUCUAUAACUCCUAUGAAUUGGGGCUACACUUCUGAACCAGAAGAAAAGGCCUGUCGAAAUCUCAGAGGAAAGGUUUGUUAUAUGCCUCGCGGUAAAGUUCUUGGUGGAAGCAGUGUUCUUAAUUUCUUAAUAUAUCAACGUGGUCACCCCGAAGAUUACAAUGAUUGGGUUCGAAUGGGUAAUGAAGGUUGGAGUUAUAACGAAAUUCUACCGUACUUUAAAAAGUCUGAAAAUGUAAAAAUAAAUGAUUUAAAAAAAUCAAUUUAUCAUGGAGUAGGAGGAUAUCUAGAUAUUGAUCAAUCACCGUACUCUACCCCUUUAAACGAAGCAUUCAAGGAGGCGGGUGAAGAGCUUGGCUACGAAUGGAAUGAUCCUAAUGGGGAAAAAGUAAUCGGUUUCUCAAAGCCUCAGGCUACUAUACGGAAUGGUAGACGAUGUAGCACAUCCAAAGCAUUUUUAGAACCAGUGCGGUUUAGGAGAAAUCUAAAAAUUUCAAAAUAUUCAACCGUAACAAAGAUUUUAAUUGAUACAAAUACUAAAGUAGCAAAUGGAGUGGAGUUUACAAAAAAUGGCAAGAGGAAAAGAAUAUUUGCACGUCGAGAAGUUAUUUUGGCAGCUGGAACUAUCGGUUCGGCCCAACUACUGAUGGUAUCUGGUAUAGGUCCAGAUGAACAUUUACGCGGACUCGGCAUUAAAACUCUAGCCAAUUUACCUGUCGGCUACAACCUACAAGAUCACAUCACAUUUUCUGGAAAUGCCUUCAUUGUCAAUACCACCAAUUUAUGUGUUAACGAUAUAUUAGCGGCAUCGCCAACAUCUGCAGCAUUGUAUAUGCUUGGUCAAGGACCGCUUACUAUUCCUGGUGGUGCAGCUGGUUUAGCCUUUACUCAAACGAAAUACGGACGAGAUCUUGGCGAAGGCCGACCUGAUAUGGAGCUUGUAAUGGGAGCUGGUUCACUUGCUGGGGAUUUACUCGGAAUAAUACGAUCUAUGCUUGGUGUGACGGAUCAGUGGUACAAAGAAGUGUACGGGUCACUGCCCCUCCAAGAUCGUCAGAAUUCUUUCGCGCUAAAUCCAAUAUUAAUUCGACCCCGCAGCGUUGGACGAGUAACUCUGCGAUCUGCAAACUUUACAGAUCAACCUAGAAUACAACCUAACUACUUUAACCACCCAGAUGACCUGCUAGCUUUAAAAGAAGGCGUACGACUUGCUCAAAGAAUAAUUAAUACGAAAGCAUUUCAACGCUAUGGCACAAGAUUGCACGAUACGCCUUUUCCUAACUGUAAAAACUUUGCCUUCAACUCUGAAGAAUAUUGGGAAUGUGCUAUAAUGCAGACUUCUAUAACGUUAGACCACCAGGUAGGUACUUGCAAAAUGGCACCAUCAGCUGAUCCAACAGGAGUAGUAUCACCGAGAUUACUUGUACAUGGUAUCAAAGGAUUAAGAAUAGCUGAUGCGUCAGUUAUCCCACGUAUACCAGCUUCACACACACAUGCCCCUGUUGUUAUGAUUGCAGAAAAAGCUGCGGAUCUUAUAAAAGAAGAUUGGAAUAUGCCAAUACAAACUUUACGGUGAAUUCCUCAUUCGGCAUCGUAAAAUUGACACGUAAAUCCAAAGAAAACCUUUAACAUAUUGCUUUAAUGCUUAUU